AUGCAGCAAUUCGAUCGGCAGGAGGUGAACCUGGGCAACACGAGCUGGGACAGGCGUGUCCUGAUGCACCAAGUGCGUGAGUACAGCGUUGACGCGCAAGAGGCCGACGAGGUCUUCAUCUCACAGCCCAGCUUCAUCGCCGCAUCCACGGCCCACGUCCUUCGCGGGCAAUUUCCAUCACCGCUGCCCGUGGCCGACUUGAUACCAGAGCCGGUAAAGAAGGCGCUGGCGAUCCGGAGGAUCGGCAGCCGGGGGAGGUCCGGCAGCGAGCAGCUCGAAGACAGGCAGAGGUCUGCGUCACACACCCCUGGCGGACGCGGGCGCCGGGCCUCGGCGAUCGCGGAGGAACGGUCACCGGAGGACUUCACCGUGGUGGCCCCGCGGUCCCCGGCGGGGCCCGCCAUAGGCACGCAGGCCCGGCGGCGGCGCAGGUGGCUCCUCUGCUUCGCCUGGUGCUGCGCAGGCUCGAGCCGUGGGCCUUGA